AUGCUUGCGUAUGGAGUAUCGAGUGAUUUGAUAGAUGAAUUUGUGUGGAUUGAAGAGAUUACUGCAUUAGAAAGUUUGAAAAAAUUUGUUACUGCGGUAAUUGAUGUUUUCUCUGAGGAAUACUUGAGAAAUCCAAACAAUGAAGACAUUUGGGCAACAUUUGUGAAAACAAUCCCAUCUCCUCAAGGACAUAAGCGAAAAUUAUUUGCAAUAGCCCAAGAGGCGUGUAGGAAAGAUGUUGAGUGUGCAUUUGGAGUGAUUCAAGCACGUUUCGCAAUUGUCCAUGGACUUGCACGAUUUUUCCAUCUUGAAACACUCCAAAAGAUCAUAAAAGCAUACAUAAUUCUCCAUAACAUGAUUGUUGAAGAUGAGUGGGAUGAUAAUGAAGUGGUAGACUUGGAUUAUGAACAAAUUGAUAGAGUGGAUAAUCCUUCUAUGCAAGUGUUACAUGAACAAAGUGAUGGAUUUAUGUCAUACAUUAAGAGGAAUGGACGCAUUAGAGACCGAGAAAUUCAUUUUCAACUCCAGUUGGACCUCAUUGAACAUUUAUGGCAAUUGCAAGGCGAGUCGUAG